GGGUGGGGAGCUGUCCGGCGCGCAGAGAGUUAAAGGCAUCAUCGCAGCCAUUAGAGGGAAAAGUUGCGGCGUGGAGCCCGGCGGAGUCCUCCUGCCCGCCCCCCUUGCCCACUCCCCGCUCGCCGAGCCGGCUCGGUGUGGAGGGAGGGCAGUGAUCACGCCAGCCGGAGCGGCGGGCUGACGUGGGACGAGCCGCCGGGUAGCUUAGAGCAGGCAGCGAAGCAGCGGGGACACUUCCCAGCGUUGCAAGCCGGGUCUGGACUCGAAGCCUCACCGAACCCGAGCCGGCUGGUUUUCACCUUCACGAACUGUUCUCCCCUCUCCUAAAGCCAGUGCUCGCCGAGCGAGCAGCAGGAUGUUUGCAGUGUUCCGACCAGGACGCUGAGACGAAGCCUCUGAUACAUUUGCAUUCCUUUCUUUUCGGGAAUUUUGGCUGUUGGCUACACUGAUGUGACCCCCUCCCCCUUUUUGGAAUGAUGGGGAUCUUUUUGGCAUACGUUGGAUUUGUUUUCUUUUCCGUUUUAUAUGUACAGCAAGGGCUUUCUUCUCAAGCAAAAUUUACCGAGUUUCCGCGGAACGUUACGGCGACCGAGGGGCAGAAUGUGGAAAUGUCCUGCGCUUUCCAGAGCGGCUCCGCCUCAGUGUACCUGGAGAUCCAGUGGUGGUUCCUGCGGGGGCCCGAGGACCUGGAGCCCGGGGCCGAGGUGGCCGGCGCACAGGUGGAACUGGUGCCUGACCGAGACCCGGACAACGACGGGACCAAGAUCAGUACAGUGAAAGUCCAAGGCAAUGACAUCUCUCACAAGCUUCAGAUUUCCAAAGUGAGGAAAAAGGAUGAAGGCUUAUAUGAGUGCCGGGUGACCGAUGCCAAUUACGGAGAGCUUCAGGAACACAAGGCCCAGGCCUACCUGCAAGUCAACGCCAACAGCCAUGCUCGGAGGAUGCAGGCCUUCGAAGCCUCGCCCAUGUGGCUGCAAGAUGUGAAGCCUCGCAAGAAUGUCUCUGUGGCCGUUCCCAGCAGCAUCCACAGCUCUGCCAACCAGCGGAUGCACCCCACCUCCAGCCCUCAAGCGGUAGCCAAAAUCCCCAAACAAAGUCCACAAUCAGGUGCGAGGAUAGCUACAAGCCAUGGACUUUCUGUCCUGCUUCUUGUUUGUGGCUUUGUGAAGGGUGCUUUGCUUUAAUCUAAAGUGCUGACUUUUUCCAAUAUCACUUUCUCUUCUUAAAGCAAAGAGCAAAUCGCCUGUAAAAUCUACGGAGCGGACAGCAAAGUUGACCCUAAACUCCAAGCACCACUCUGCACCCACUGUACUCUAAUUACCUACACAAGGAGCGCCUGCUUCCGGAAGCAUAAACGAAGAGGCUAUCACACGCUUUGUCCAUAAUAUUUUCUUUGGCAAAUCACUGAUCUUUUAUUUCAAGAGAAUUAAUGUGAAGUGAUAGGACAUUUUCUAAUAGCAAGAUCUAUUUUUUUCUUUUCUUUUGGCUACUUAAAGCACCAUCUCACUGACUACUCAGGGGUUGGCCUGACCGUCAUCGGUAUAGUAAAUAUUUACCAUGGAGACCACUGAUUUCCUACUAAAGGACCCAUUAUCUGCAGGAAGCAAACAGAGAUCAAAAGGCUACAGAAUAUAAACUAUCAUUAAACAAAAUCCUUGUUUUGGGGCAAGAACAAACUUAUCAACACUGCGAGUCAACAGGGAGAACGUUAUUUUAAAUAAAAAAUAAUGGAAGAAUUUUUUAAAUUUUCCCUUUUUUCUUGGAUUUUUCUCCUUUUUCUUGAUUAUAUUUCUUCUUUAAUGGUGGCAAUGCUGAUUAUGCUGAUUACGGCCAAUCCCUGUCAAUCCUGGGAGGUUUAUAUAAAUACAUUUUGUGUGUUCUAUAUGUCAAUGUAUUUUAAUUCAUUUUGCAACUCCUGUAUAUGCGAACUUGACAAAUUCUGUAAAUCGCUUAUAGUAUCUGUGCUAUAACGUCAAAGUAGAUAGACUGUGACCCUCAUACAAGCUGAUUUUAUCACUAGAUAUAUAAAUAUAUACAUGCAAAUAUCUAUAUGUUGGGCCAUCAACCAACUUUUUUUUUGAUAAAGCAUUUGUUUUUCACUUAUAAUUCAUGUAUUGUGUGAAUUUCGUAAGGCAUUGUUUCACUUCCGCAGGUUUGACAGCUGCAGAUGGUCUCUGUUGCUCUGCUUCCUUCUGGAAAACGCAUUUUAAAAUUACAUCAGUCUCUGAUGAAUGAAUUAAUUUUGUUGUGUGUAUGCUGUGUUGGAAUUUGCUAUAUUCCUUUAUGUACGCUGUUUACUGAGGUUUGUGGGUCUCUUGACUCUGAAGAAUGUACAUUGUCUGGUUUUGACAGCUAUCUCUGUAUUAUUAUCAUCAUUAUUAUUGUCAAAAAGCAAUGUUGCUUCUAGAAAAUUUGCCUUGGAGGUGAAUGUGGGAAAGGGGAAGUGGGCACCAUGAUUCCCUGAUUCCCUGGAAGAACACUCUUGCUGGGGCUAGAAUGCUGCUUCCUUUGACCUUUAUGAAUUUUUGUAGCUUUGUCAUUCUGUUAUUUGCUGCUAAUUAUAUUUUAUUGUCUCCUGAUUAAAAAUUAAAAUUUGGUUGUUGGCUAAAUAUAAUAUGCAAAAUAUAACUGCAAAUCCCUGACUAAAGAAGAUAAUGUGUUUGGUUUUCACUAGUUGAGUGAGUGAUAAUUUUAAAUAUUCCAUUCUUAUUUUUGGCUUUAUGAUAAUUCAGACUAUUUUCAUUUAAAACCUGUUUUCUGCUCUGGCAAAGAAUGAUAGGCAGAACUAUUAGUGUGUUUCAUGUAUGCUCUGGAGUAGAUAUGGGUUGAAAUGGAAAUGACCUAAGUUUUCCUUGCAGAGAGACUCUUUCAUUUUCUUUCAUAACAAAACCAGAAGAUCAUCUGUCUAGGACGUCGGCUUCCGUCCUGAGGUCCUAAACUGAAGCUUGAAGGCAGUGAAUGCCUCUGCUUCUCAAAGGUAAAUGUAUUGACUUUCUGCAUUCGAUUACAAGCAAUGUGUAUAUUUUCAUAAUGUUAUUGACAUUAUCUUCUAAGAAAUAAUGUUUCAUGCUAAAUCUUUUAUUGACAUUUUUCUUGUUCAUUUGGUUUAUUAUUUCAGUCUAAUGAGGAAAAUAAAUAAAGGAUUUAAUUGCGCUAUUUUAUUAACC